AUGCAAGAAACACACUUCCUCGCCACCACCAAGCAACCCUUUUUCUCCUCCUACUCUCACCCCAACCCCAACCCCAAACCCCAAUCCCUCUCCUCCUCUCACCAUGACUCUUUCCACUCUUUACACCCCCCCAACCCAAAAUCCCCCCACUUCCCAAUCCUCUCCACCAAAACCACCCUCUCCCUCCCCCUCCAAUCCCUCAAGCCACCCUCCUCCCCAACCCCCCACUCAGACUUCCAGGAAAAAGUCCUCUACCUAGACUCAAUCGGCCUCGACUUCUUCUCCUUAAUCAACCACCACCCUCCGAUCCUCUCCUCCCCUCUACCCCACAUAAAAUCCACCGUCCAUUUCCUCCUCACCUCCAUCGGCUUCACCUCCCAGGAGCUACGCCGCCUCAUUGGCAUGUGCCCCGAAAUCCUCUCCUCCCGAGUCGCCGAAAUCAUCCCCGUCCUGACCUUCCUCCUCCGUGAGGCCCGUGUCAACGGCUCCGAUCUCCGCCGCGUCCUCAAUCGACGCCCCAGAUUGCUCGCCUGCUGCGUCAAGACCCGCCUCCGCCCCACCCUCUACUUCCUCCAGAGCAUCGGCAUUUCCCAAGUGAACAAGCACACCUCUCUCCUCUCCUGCAGCGUCGAGGACAAGCUCCAGCCCCGAAUCGACUACCUCGAGAAAAUCGGGUUCUCUCGCCGAGACGCCCUCUCCAUGUUUCGGCGGUUCCCGCAGCUCUUCUGCUACAGCAUCGAGCAGAAUUUCGAGCCGAAAUUCAAUUACUUCGUGGUGGAGAUGGGGCGAGACUUGAAGGAGCUCAAGGAGUUUCCGCACUACUUCUCGUUCAGCUUGGAGAAUCGGAUUCGGCCGAGACACCAGCGGUGUGUGGAGAAAGGGGUUUGUUUUCCUCUGCCUGUUUUGUUAAAAACCAGCGAGGCUCAGUUUCGGGAUAGGCUGGAGAUUUUUUGUAAUUCUUCGAUCCCUUUCAGAAAUUCUCCUCUGUGGUGUACAAAUUCGAUUUCUGAUGAUUUGGAAAAAUGA